UUAUGAUGCUAUGAAUUAAAAAACAAUAAAUAUAGUAAGAAAAAGUUAACGUAUGGUAAGGUGGUAGUGAAGUGAAGAGAAGAUCAAUUUCCCAAUUCAAUCCAUCGCUGCUACCUUCCACUCACCGCUGCUCAUCAACACCGUACUUCUCUGCCCAUUGCACUUUCUUCAUUCUUAAUCGAUAAUCGUCUUCAAACUUUACCUAUUUUUUUCUUCUUUAACCUCAUUUUCUUGACUUUUUAACAAGUUGGGGCUAUUUUUUAUGUUAGACCCUGCACAAAAUGAAUCAACUUUUGGUUUCUUGGAAGAAAACGUUAAUAAAUAAGUUUCUACCGUUCGAUUUGGGUAUACUAUUCUCAUGGUUUUAAAUUGCGGUUUUGGUCUUGCUGGAUUCUUGAUCUUGCGGGAAGAUUGUGGAUGAUGGACCUGGGAUUGUGAACCACAGUUUAAAACCAUGAAUAAAAAAAUGUUGCUAAUUUGUCGAAUCUUUGGUCCUUUACUUGUGGUAACUCAAUUGCUGUGUAAGACUAGAGCAAAAAGACAGCAGCUUUCUAACUGUGUUAUAACUUAUUGUAAUUAGAGGAUGAUUUAUCAUUAGAGCACUGUUUUUCCAAAAUAUUGUAAUUGGUUAGAAAUUUAGAGGAAUGGUGUAAGUUGAGUUGUUUUUUUAUCGACUUGGAGUAAUUCAAGAUUCUAGGUAGUGUGUUACCAUGGAGCUCUUCAAAUGUAGUGUAGUUUUGCUUCCAUGGUCGUAGUUCCGAAACACUAGACAGGCCACGUGUGUUUCAGUAUUCUCUUUUUAGAUUCUUUGAUAUCUUAAAAGUGCCGUGUACUCAGGUAUUUUUGAACUUUUUAUGUUUUGCCACUCUCAUUCAUGUUCAGCAUAGACCUUGAAUUUUGAAUUUCUCUAAAACUUCAAAUCUCCCUCACCCCUUUUUCUGGUUUAGAUUUGGUUCUUUUCUAAAUCAUGGGGUACCACAGAAGGGGAGCUCUUGAUCACCUUGGCAUCUUGGCUUCGAGAUUUAUGCCUCAAAAUCCAACUUUUCGGCAUAGUUUUAGGAGUUGCAAAUCUUGGUAUUUAGAUUCAGGUUCAAAAGGGGCUAUCUUUAAUGGGUUCUCUUCAUGGUGUUCGAUUUCUCAGAGACUGGGGGCACAAGGUGUUGUUGGAGUUAAUGGUAACUUUCACAAUCUCUUUCCUUUGGGGGCUAAGAGAUUUUACUGUAUUGAUCCAUAUAACGUGCAACAUUUCAAGCCAAGGGGACUUAGGCAUUGGUUUAAGAAUAUUAGGCAUGUUUGUGUUGUGAUGGUUGGUUCAGGGGUUUUAAUCACUGUCUAUUUUGGGAACUUGGAAACGGUUCCUUGUACCAACCGAACCCAUUUGAUUCUGUUGUCAAAAGCUUUUGAGAGGAGGCUUGGGGAAAAUGAGUUUGAACAAAUUAAAGUCACUUUUAAGGGGAAGAUAUUGCCUCCAAUAAAUCCUCAAAGUGUGAGGGUGACAAUGAUAGCUAGGGAAAUAGUUGGUGCAUUACAGAGAGGGUUGAGGAAGGAUAAUGCAUCAGAGCAUACUAUGCUGGUUGAAGGAGAUGGAAGGGAGACAUUGAGUGCAUUGGUUCACCAGGGGGAUAAGAUUCUUGAUGAGAAAAAAUGCUGGAAAUAUGAUCAGCAAAGACGGUCAAAAGCUACCACCUCACAUUUGGAUGGAUUGAAUUGGGAAAUUUUGAUCGUAAAUGAGCCUGUUGUUAAUGCCCUCUGCUUACCUGGUGGGAAGAUAGUUUUGUUCUCUGGUUUGUUUGAGCAUUUUCAAAGUGAUGCAGAGAUAGCAACUAUUAUUGGGCACGAGGUUGGGCAUGCUGUUGCAAGACACACUGCAGAGGGUAUUACAAAGAAGCUGUCGUUUGGUAUUCUACAAUUAAUACUUUAUCAGCUUCUCAUACCUGAUAUUGUCAACAUAGUGUCAUCCGUUUUCUUCCACCUACCUUUCUCCAGGCGGAUGGAAAUAGAAGCUGAUUACAUUGGGUUGCUGCUAAUUGCAUCAGCAGGCUAUGAUCCCCGGGUGGCACCUGGAGUGUAUGAAAAGUUGGGGAAUAUUGCUGGUGAUUCUACGCGUAUAGAUUAUCUCUCUACCCACCCUUCUGGUAUACAAAGAGCAGAAUUGUUGGCACAAGCUAAGAUAAUGGAAGAAGCAUUUAGCAUAUAUAGAGAUGUAAGAGAAGGACAUAGAGUUGAAGCUUUUCUUUAGGACUACACAACCAACACUUGUGCCUGCAUCUGUUUGUUAGAAUACUGCUUUUUUCCUUGUGCCACUGUAGAAAUAUAACGUUUUGCUCCUAUGUCCAUCAAAUUUCCAAAGAUUUGUAAAUAGUGUGUGGCUAAAUAUCUAUUAUUGUAUUAUAAUUUAGAAAAAGGUUCUCAA